AUGAAUAAGAACUUUAGUACCAACUUCAGUACUAAUUUCUUGAAAGAUUCCACUAAUUUUACAAGAAGCAAUGCGUUUAAUUACCUACCGAAGAGUACUAAGCACUUGGUAUCCAAAAAUUUCAUCCUUUCUAAGCAGAUGUAUGGGUCAGGCUCGAAUAUUUUAAAGAAAUCCUGUAAGAAAAGUAAGAACCAAAGUACGAUCAAAGGACUAAAGAAUAGCCAAUCUCCAGUCAAACUCGACUACAGUCAAGUGCCCUUCAGAGUAGAAUCUUCUCUAGACUGAGCAGGGAAGGAGAACAGCAAGUACUCUAUUGAUAAUAACCAGAAGAGAAAAGCGACAAAUACCCAGAAAUGAUUGAUGAAGACUAAUUACACAAAUCUUAAAUAAGCUAAUCAACCAGGUUACUUCUUUAUCUCCAAGAGGCAAGUAUAUCGGGUCACCCAAGAGCAGGCUAAAGAACAGCAAAUAAAAAGGAACCAGGAAAGUCUAAAAUAAUGAGAUGCAGUUCCUCACUCACAAUGCUUCAGAAUAGCAUGUCAGAGCAGAGCAGCAGGAAGAAAAUGCCAAAUCAGAAGAGUAGUCAAGCUUUAAAAGGUCUGCCUUAUAAUUCAACUCAGAAUAUACUUAGCUCAACAAUGGCGACCUCUCAUCCUACAAUUGCUAUGUUUAAUUCACUGAUAAAGAACCGUAAGAGUAGCAGUAAGAAGAGGAAGAAGUCUAAAAGUAAUAAGUCAAGAGUUUCAUAUGAGCACCAGCCUCACUCCCACAGGGCUCCUACUAGACAAAGUUUUGUAAAUGUUCAAGGUCAAAAUGAUUCUGGAAAUCCAUCUAAGGUUUAUAAAACUCAUCCAAAAGAGGAUAUCAAUACUUUAGUGAUUAACAUCUGAAAUGACAAACCUCUGAUGAUCAAGGUUAAUAGAGAAGGACAUGAAAAUAAAGAAAUCUUACUAGAUUGCUCACAGAAUAAUAAGAAAGAAGUUGCAAAUACAACCCCUCCGUUCGCUAAAGACCUAGAUAUGCUCAAGCAAAGGUUCACUAAAGUGCUGAACGGGUACCAACAGAGGAUUCGAGUGAGUAAAGCUGAAUAGAA